AUGGAAGUAGCUUCCAAUGUCCGAGAGCUCAUCAAGCCUGCGAACUCCUCUCCACUACCACGACCGUCCAUACUUCUCAGCUGCCUCGACCAGAUUGCUCCUCGGGUCUACACGCCUUUCCUCUACUUCUUCGCACGAUUCGUCCCUUCCGACCAGCUCAAGCUAUCCCUCUCCAAGACGCUCUCCCUCUUCUAUCCGCUAGCCGGCCGCUACAAGCUUCUUCCCAAUCAGGCCCUCGAGAUCCAGUGUUGCGACUCCGGCAUCGAGUUCUUCGAAGCGCUCGCCAGCAAAUCUCUAGAAGAAGAACUCGGCAGCUUCCACGAGUUUAAUCCCAGCCUCGACAGCCUAGCUUCGCGCGAGGCCUUCCCAACGCAAGAAACCACGGAAGUUCCUCUUGUCUCGAUCAAGCUCACUCGGUUCCUGUGCGGCCCAGGAGCAUCGUGUCAAUCGGCCGCACUGGGAUCGAUCCCUGCUCCUGACGCAAUUCCACCGGAAUCCACUCCAGCGGAGUACCAGAUUGAGCCUCCGCCCUUCCCCGACCCCAGAAAUGUGGAGCACGCAAUCCUCUCCUUCACGAGCAGCGGCAUUCGGUCGCUGCUAAAGAGCGACACCACCGCGACUCUGCGGCUCACCUCUAGGCCAGUGAUAAAAAAGGCAGCGACUGCUGGCAAUGACUGCUCAUAUUGUAUAUAUGAAGUUAUAUAUACAUGGGCUGUCUAA